GAAGCAAAGAACUGCAUAAAACAGACAAACAACGAAUCUGAGAAGUAGAGCGACGUGUGAAGUUCAAAGAGAGAAGAAUUCAUGAUGUUUUCAACAACAAACUCCACAGUGAAGGCGACUUGUGUUGUGACAAUGAUGAUGAUGAUGAUGAUGAUGAUGAUGGUGAUGGAGGCAGCAGCCAUGCCGAAAGCGGGCAGCCAUUCCAAACACCCGGGGAGGACACACAAGCGCACUGACGGUGAUCACAUAGAAACAGUCCCCUUGCAACUUGACCCCAGCUUUUUGGCUCCUAAAAACAUCCGAUCACUUCAGAACUCCUCCAUCUCCCCAUGGACGUACAGCGUCUCCCAAGACGAAUCUCUGAUCCCUCGGCUGUCGGAGGCGCGCUGUUUGCUGCGGGGCUGUCUGGAUUCUGAGGGCCUCGAGGACCUGAGUCUGGAGUCCAAACCCAUCAUGCACCAGGUCCUGUUGCUGCGGCGGGUCAGGACGCAGGAGGCGGGGCGCGGCUACAUCUACCAGCUGGAGUCCCACCUCAUUGCAGUGGGCUGCACCUGCAUCCGGCCCGUAGUCACCCUCCAACAGUGAAGACGAAUCCAGAGCAGAUCCUGGGUCAGCUGGACCCAAAAGAAGAAUAAAAAAAAAAUUUGAUUUACAGUUAAGUUUAAAGAUAGUAAUCAGCAAAGUAGAGAAAGCACUGACAAACCCAGCAUAAAAACUACUGAUGGGAGGAUAACACUUUUUUGUAUCCGAUACCGAUAUCACAAACUCGAGUAUCUACCGAUAUUACAGCCCAAACAUGACUCAGCUAAAAAUGCUUUUGCUGAUUUAUUUUUAUCUGACCAAUAUCCGAUCCAAUGAUAUUGUCCGGUAUCAGACUGAUACCGAUACUGAUCGCUAAUUAUUCUCAUCUCCAACAAAACUAUCAGUAUCAGUGUGUCUCGUGCACCGUGUUUUAUUUAUGUCUUAAUUUAAUAUGAAUUGCAUCUUAUUUAAGUGAUUUUGAUAUUUGAUCAGUACA